AUGCUUGUCCAUAAACAAGUAAACAUAAGUGUGGGUUUGUCUAUAAUUAUACAUUAAUUACCAUGAAGAUGCUUUACUUCUGUAAGAAGCACCUAGAUUUUUCCAGUUGUUUUGACAUCGGCUACCCUUGCAUCCUUUUCUCUUUGAUGCUUGCCAAAGGAUGCUUUACAUUUAGUAAUGGCAAAUAAAUGGUGCAGACCAUGCUUCCAAAGUCAUGGAGAGCCAUGAAAUUAUACUUCACUACCGUGUAUCAAGAAAUAUGGGUUGGUGUAGCAUUAACAGCUUAUGUCUACUACAAAAUUUCAUAUGGUGGCAAAAAAGCAGUGGCAGACAAAUCCUCUGGUGCUGGCCAUCAUUAAAGACCUCUUCUCUUCUUGGAGUAUGAAUCUGGUGGUUCAUCAUCUUCACUGUACAAGAAGCAAGUUACAACCAUAGGGAAGUUAAUUCUAAAACUGUACCUGAUCCAUCUGCUGUAAUUAGAGAAAGAAUAAAUACAUUGAGCAACAAGGAAUUAAACAUGUUGGACAAAGUA